UAUUUUUUUAUUCUCUUUAAAUUCUCCAUGUUGCUGCUCUCCUCUCAGGGGUUGCUUUUCCCUCUUUCUUUGGAAGCAAAAGGCGGAGAUUUUACAAGUAGAAGAAGAAAAUUAACGAAUAAAACGAGUCUGAUCGAUCCGUCGACCUAAGACCUUGAGGGCAAGUAGCCUUCAAGAGAUGGAAUUGCUUUCUAUUAGCUGCACUUCUGUGCCAUGCCAUCACUCUGCCGCUCUGAACUGGAAAGUUGUAGAUAAUAGCCUUAGUUUGAAGAAUUCCAAGCUCUUUCCCCAUAGAAAAACUGGAAUUUUCUGUCUUGCAACCAAACCCCCUUGGGAUUUAGGGAGUUCUCACACGGACAGUAAUAAGGUUGAGAAUCUCUAUCAGAAAGAAGGGACUAGAUUGUUAAGUCUGCUCGAAGGCCUCCGGAAUUGUGCCAUUGCUGAGAACACAACUGAAAAUUAUAAUUAUUAUGUGACAGACGGAAAAGUUGGUCUGAGGGAUAUUCCCAGGAAGGUCGAUGAUGUCGAGAAGGUUUUAAUUCCGAGUUUACCGGAUGAGUCUGGGGGCAAUCCUGGUUCUCCGAUCACUAGUUGUUUUUGGGAAUGGAAGCCAAAAUUGUCUGUGCAUUAUGAGAAGGCUGGGUUGGAGAAUGUUAAUGCGCCAAACGUGCUCUUUCUUCCAGGUUUUGGGGUUGGGUCUUUUCACUAUGAGAAGCAGUUGAGAGAUCUGGGCCGUGAUUAUAGAGUGUGGGCAUUGGAUUUCCUAGGACAAGGUCUGUCAUUGCCAAUUGAAGAUCCAGCUCCUUCUGACAAGCCAAGAGAGAAUUCUGAAGAGGGGGAUGAGGUGUGGGGUUUUGGAGAGGUUUCCGAGCCUUGGGCACAGAACCUAGUCUACUCUGUUGAUCUUUGGCAAGACCAAGUUAAACAUUUCAUUGAACAGGUUAUUGGUGAACCAGUUUAUGUUGUUGGCAACUCUCUAGGAGGCUUUGUUGCUACAUACUUUGCAGCAUACAACCCAGAGCUAGUAAAAGGAGUUACAUUGCUCAAUGCGACACCAUUUUGGGGAUUCCUCCCUAACCCCACUAGAUCACCUAGACUGUCCAGAUUGUUUCCAUGGGCUGGGACAUUUCCUCUACCUUCAAGUGUGAGAAAGCUCACUGAGUUCGUAUGGCAGAAGAUAAGCGACCCCAGCAGCAUACUGGAGCUAAUAAAGCAAGUUUAUGUUGACCCUUCUACAAAGGUUGACAAAGUCUUCUCUCGCAUCAUUGAAACAACACAACAUCCUGCAGCAGCUGCAUCGUUUGCCUCAAUAAUGUUCGCUCCCAAGGGACAGCUAUCCUUCCAGGAGGCCUUGUCGAGGUGCCAAAUGCAGGACAUUCCCAUCUGUCUCAUGUAUGGCAAAGAAGAUCCCUGGGUUAGGCCUGUUUGGGGCCUUAAAGUGAAAAAACAAUUGCCAGAAGUACCAUAUUAUGAGAUUAGCCCAGCAGGUCACUGCCCCCAUGAUGAGGUUCCUGAGGUUGUAAACUUUUUAUUGCGUGGAUGGAUUAAGAACCUCGAAUCCCAAGGCUCUAUUGCAUUGCCUCUUCUUGAAGAACCUGAUUAUGUUCAAGAUGGUAUCUCUAGAGAACUGGAGUAUGUCAGAGAAGGAUCACGACGAUCAGUUCAAGUACGGUUUUUUGGAUCAAAAUUUUCUGUUUGGAACCUGAUAGGCUCUUUUCUGAAGUCCAGUGUUGCAAAUUUUCAAGUCAAUUCCAGAUAGAGCAGCUCAUCAUGCGCCUUAAGCCACUGAAAGUUUUCUUCCUGUUUGUGUAUUAUUUAUUCUUGAUGAAACAAAAUUAAUAGAGUGCCUUAUAUGCCUAAAAUUAUGGGCAUGACAUCAAGAAAUUGUUUUCUCACUGCAGUUCUCACCUGCUGCAUGGAUAGAUAUACACAUAACCAGUAACACAUUCUGCUUGCUA